AUGGAUUGUGAUCUUAUUGACCCAGGCUUCUCAGGCUCACAAUUUACCUGGUGCAAUGGAUGGUCUCCAAACAGAAGAGUCUGGAAAAGGCUAGAUAGGGUGUUGGUUAACCAAGAAUGGAUGAAUAUCUAUGAUUCUACCAAUGUCAAUCACUUGGUUAGAAUAUGCUCUGAUCACUCACCCCUCCUCACUAUUGCUAAGAAUGCAUCACAGCCUACUAUCAAAUAUUUCAGAUUCUUAGAUUUCUGGAUUAACGAAAAUGGUUUCAAAGAGGUGGUGAAACAGGCUUGGGAUAUAGAGGUUCAUGGUUCCCCUAUGUGGAAAUUCCACUUGAAGACAUCUAUUGGUAAUAUUUUUGACAACGUCAGGGAACUGGAAAAGAAGAUGGAUGAUCUUGAACAAAAGUCCAUUACAAACAACACUGCUACCAACAGGGCUGAGCUUAACCGCAUAAAUGCGCUUCUUAUCAGGGCCCAUAAAACUGAAGAAUCCAUAUGGAAGCAAAAAUCUGGGAUCAAGUGGUUGUGGAGGGUAAGUGAACACUAA